AUGAACUACAUGGUCAAUGGCUACGGUGGCCAUCUGGAGAAUCACAUGAUACCCAAUUACUAUACACCCAUGACCUUUGAACAGCAAAUGGCCCAGCAAUCGCAAGUAAACGGCUACUGGGAUGCCUACCAGAACCAUUACAGGCCCUCAAUGCCGGCCAUACCCGAGGAGCCACUCCCAAUGCCGCCUAACGCCUAUAAGCUACCCGAUCCAAUGCUUGAUGAUGAGGCUUUGCUCGCGCCACCAUAUCGUAUCCGUUGUCAGGUGGUAUACCCGCAAGCUGGCUACGAGCUGGCCGAAUGGCAGCCGGUGUGCGAGUCACGUCAGGUGUGGGAGCCGCUGGAUUUCAAUCAUCGCUAUCUAGAUCCGAGUAGUCCCUGCCCGCCAGCUCCACCUGGUUUUGAGCACAUCGCCAUCGGCAAACGGUCGUUGUCCAGGCGCUCGCGCCAUCUGCUGGGCGAGCAGAUAUCGUAUAAGCUAGAUCCAGGCUAUAAGACGCCAAUACCCAUGGAGAUGCCAGAUCGCGAGCUGCGCGAGUAUUUGCAUUUCAUCGGGAAUCACGAUACCCAUUUGUCAAAUCGUCAGUCCCAGCUGCGCGUGAUCAAUGGCGCAACCGGCGACGGUUACUAUGUGCGGCUGGCCUCUAAGGUAGCUCCCAACGUACCCAAGGUGGUGGAGCCACCCAAGUAUCAGUCCGUAUAUCAACCCAAUGUCUCAUAUUGGGAUCUGUUGGGACGCAAUCAACACAAAGCCAAGGAUGACCAAAAAAUGAACGAAGAACCGAUCCAAGAGCCUCAACCGCAGAUCUACAAUGAGAUGCCACCAAUGGACAACAAUCAGAACGUGUAUGCGGAGCAACUGCCCCACAAGGCUGAUUCAUCAUCCUGUGACAAUGUCCGCCCAAUGGUCAAUCCGGAUCGUAUACAGUUCGGCACCGUCACACCUGAAAUGGCCGGCUUGAUGGACGACUACACAUUCAAUGAUGUUCAGAUGUUCUAA